AUGGGCGACCCGAUACUGAACGACAUCUCGCACCGCCGCUUUAAUCUGUUGCGAGGCAGCUGGGUCCUGGUCUCGCCGCACCGAAACAAGCGUCCGUGGCAAGGGUUACAGGAGAAGCCGUCCAGAACGUCCCUCCCAGACUACGACCCAGCGUGUUACCUGUGCCCGGGUAACACGCGGGCAAAUGGCUCCAAGAAUCCCAAAUUCACGAAGACUUUUGUUUUUGUAAACGACUACAGCGCCGUCAAGGAAGAGCAAGAAGAGUAUCAUCCAGCGCAGAAUCGGAGCUCCCUUGCGAGCCGACUACUCAGAGUCGAUCCAGUAACGGGAAAAUGCUACGUCAUCUGCUUCUCCCCUUCGCACCAUCUGACUCUUGCGGAUAUGAACCCUGUUGAGAUUAUUCCCAUCAUCGAGACCUGGACAAACCUGUACAAGGCGCACCUGGAUCCAGAGUCACCGCUAGCGGAAGCUGCUAAAGCACUAUCACUACCUCCGUUCUCCCAGGGCGAUAUUGCUGCACCAAAUGCACAAUAUAGGUACAUGCAGAUCUUUGAAAACAAGGGUUCCACCAUGGGCUGUUCAAAUCCACAUCCUCACGGCCAGGUAUGGACAACGACAUCAUUACCGGAGGAGCCAAACACGGAGAUUCAGCAACUCAGCAAGUACAGGCACGACCAAAAUGGAUGCCACCUACUGGUCGACUAUGCAAAGCUGGAAUCCGAACAAAAGGAGCGAACAGUAUUUGAAAAUGAGUCGUUCUGGGCCGGCGUCCCUUACUGGGCUGUCUGGCCCUUUGAGGUUAUGAUAAUAAGCAAACAGCACAAGCGUGCGUUGGUCGAUUUCAACAACAAGGAGAGGGAACAGCUGGCCGAAGCCAUAACGGAAAUCACCCGGCGAUACGACAACCUGUUCGAAACUCAAUUCCCGUACAGUAUGGGCCUGCACCAAGCACCGCUGCAAGGAACUGAGGAGGAAAUUGAAUCCAGUCACUUCCAUAUCCACUUCUACCCACCGCUCCUCCGUAGCGCAACAGUGCGGAAGUUCCAGGUGGGCUACGAAAUGUUGGGGGAGCCUCAGCGGGACAUCACCCCUGAGCAGGCUGCAGAGCGGUUACGAGCGUGUGGUGGCGAGCUCUAUCGCAAGAAGCUUGAGCACCUCACCAACGGUCAUGCUGGAAAUGUCGCCGACGUGGGCCAGGAGCAACAGAAGCAGUAA